GUUGGUCACGUGCUGGUUUCAACUUCCUGUUUACCACUUGUUCCUUGAGACAGUUCACGGAUUGCAACACUUCAACAGUCGUGUGCUUUUUGAUCAAGACUAAUAAAUACGCUUUUGAAUCGCUGCUGCUACGGAUUUAAUCGUUUUGGAACGGUUAAUAUUUUUUUUGUCAUUACUGGGGAAGAGGAGAGGAAAUGAAUAAAUGACAGAGGAAACGUGACUAGGCCAGGAGUCCUCGCGAUUUCCUGAGUCAGGCGCCCGGAGUAUUCCUCUGUCAACAAACGGCUCAAUACAAAACAUACGAGUGAUGAGGGCAAGGACUAAAAACCAGUCAGCAUUCAUUUUUAUAGACAAAACGUUUAGUAAUGUGUUGGAUUUAACUUUAAGUGUGGAUACUUCCUAACAUUAUUUAACUUACGUUAGCUACUUUAGCUAGCCAACCAAAUCCACCACCACUAGCUUAGCCACGUAAACAAAGUACUAUACAUUCUGCUUGCCUGGCAAGUUUUACUAGGAAGGGUUAGCUAGCCUGCUGGCUGGUUAAUACAUCCUUGUUUCUAGAGGGUAYCAGCACAGCGGUGCCCUGAAUUCGGGGAGAAUACCCGGCUCCGGCCCUUUCAAGCGGGCAGUCAGGAAGAAACUGGCUGGKAAGGGAUGGCCUGGUGGGUCUUCCCGUUCCCAAGGUGCUGCGGUGUUUGAGUGCGGAAGAGUUCGGAUAGAACCCACGGUGGGUCUCGGCACGAUGAUGGCUGCAUWCCCUUCCGUGUCUGGGAGUCUCACGGCCUCCGGGCUAAUGAUAUCAGGAAGAAAGACUGAGGAAAUAGCGGAUUUGAUAGAUUUGUUUUCGAAGACACAGUACAGAGCGAAAGAAGUCACGCCACGGGUUGAGACGAUAGAGAAGCGUUGCUUGGAGCUCUUUGGCCGAGACUACAAGUACAGCGUCAUCCACAACGCCAACGGGGAGGUGUGUGGCCACUACCCCCGACAGAUGGUCUUCCUGGAGUAUGAAUGUACAGAGCUCCAUAAAGACGGGUUUGAGAGCACAGUCCAGAUCACCAAGCUGCAGGAUCUGGUGAACCGCAGUAAGAUGGCCCGCUGCAGAGGGAGGUUUGUCUGCCCUGUCAUCCUCUACAACGGCAAACAUAUCUGUCGAUCAUCCACUCUGGCAGGCUGGGGGGAGCUAUAUGGGCGCACAGGCUACAACUACAUCUUCUCAGGGGGGAUUGAUGACACAUGGGGGGGGGAGGCUGAGCCAGAGGUUCCAGAGGAUGACAGUGCCAGCAACGGGGACUCUCAGCUCUUUGACAAGGUGCGGGGUCUGGACAUCAAGCUGCUGCGCUACCUCUCUGUGCGCUACAUCUGUGACCUCAUGGUGGAGAACAAGAAGGUCAAGUUUGGCCUAAAUGUCACCUCGUCUGAGAAGGUGGAUAAGGCCCAACGCUAUGCAGACUUCACCCUGCUCUCUGUGCCGUACCCAGGGUGUGAGUUCUUUAAGGACUACAAAGAUAGAGACUACACCGCUGAGGGACUAGUAUUCAACUGGAAUCAGGAUUUUGUGGAUGCUCCGUUGACAAUCCCUGUGUGCUUUACCAAGAACUUGAAUAUAGACUGGAGUAAAUAUCAGUCUUGGGACCUGGUCCAGCAGACCCAGAACUACCUGAAGCUGUUGCUUCACACAUCAACAGCGCGGUCAGUGCCUGUGGGCCGGGUGUGGUCUGGUUUGCUCCCUGUAGACGAGAGCGGUCUCCUCGUCCACUGCAUAUCCGGUUGGGACCGGACACCUCUCUUCGUGUCCCUCCUGCGUCUCUCGCUGUGGGCAGACGGUGCCGUCCACGCCAGUCUGGAGCCGGCUGAAAUCCUCUAUCUGACCAUCGCCUACGACUGGUUCCUCUUUGGUCAUAUGCUACCUGAUCGCCUCAGCAAAGGAGAGGAGAUUUUCUUUUUUUGCUUCAAUUUUUUGAAGCACAUUGUCUCAGAGAAGUUCUCUGCCAUGAAGAAACCGAGAAGGAAAAACUCUCAUUUCAAAGACACUGAUUUCACAGUGGACGACCUCUGCCAGUUGAAGUCCAGGGACCGGGGCAGCGUGACCAGUCUGAGCAGUGACUUCUCUCUGAUCACGGAGGACGUGGGCGGAGCCACUUGCCUCACCAACGACGCCGUGGACCUGUUUUCCGGCCAGCCCCUGGCAGCCUCCAGCUGGAGGAAGGGACACAACUCGUCCCCACAGACGGUGCUGUGGAACCGGCCCAACCCCCUGCAGGAGCGGCUGGCCCACCCACUCAGUCAAGAAGCCAAGUCCUCCAGCUCGUCCACCUCCAACCAAUCAGAGCCGGGUUUUACGCACGCCGGCAGCAGUCCUAUGUCUGUGCCCGGGAGAAGGCUGGCGGCAGAGUACGCCCGCUCAGGCUCCUCCCUCUCCACGGACUACGGCAGCUGGCAGCUCGUGUCGGGCUGCGGCUCCAUACACGACCAUGGACAGGUCGCCGCCGCCGCCGCCAACGACUCGCCCCUCCCCUUUAGCUUCCAGGACGAGGGGCCCAGCGGACGCAUUUGCCCGUCCCCCUCGGAGCGUCAGGCUCGUCUGGAGACGGUGAGGGAGUUGUUCCUGGCUGCCUACAGCUCCACCGUGGGCCUCAAGUCCAGCGCGCCCAGCCCCUCCGGUGCCAUCUCAGGCCUCCUGGAGCAGUUUGCCCGUGGCGUGGGCCUCCGGGGCACCAACAGCAUCGUCUGAUCUAGGGUCAGGUCUCCCCACCCCAAAUGUGAACUCUGGGCCCAUAAUCAUUGUAUUCAUAAAGUGUCUCAGAGUAGGAAUGCUGAUAUAGGAUCAGUUUUUCCUGUUAGAUCAUAUGGACAGGAAGGCCUGAUUCUAGAUCAGCACUCCUACUGUGAGGGCCUCUUUGUGAAUAUGGGCCCUGACCCCCCCCCCCCGCCCCCCCUCCCUCCCACUAAAUCCCGUCCUAUUGAAUUGCAGUCCACAAUCCGCAUUCAUCUCCAUCGAGGGAAGAUACAUAAUCGUAUGGACUCUAAUAAAAAUAAAAAGUGCCAAACUUCUCUAUUCAGGGUUGAAGCGUCCUUUUAUAUUUGUUAUAUUUUUUAUAUAUAUACAUCUCAAACGUUACAUACCCUGGGUUUCUUUUGUUCUUUAAUUUCUCCUUUAAAUU